AUGGAAAAUUCGGAUUUGUUUGGUUAUGAGGAGUUCAAUGACUCGUCUAACAAAUCAUCAUUAAAAAUAGAUAAGUACACUAUUGACUUCUAUGAUUUCGGGCCAAAGGAAAUAUCUUGCCCAAUAAUUUGUUUGCCCCCGACUGCGUGUGAUGCAUCAAUCUACUACAAAGUUCAGCUACUACUUUCAAGGGAAGGUUUUAGGAUAAUAUCGAUCAAUUAUCCCGAAACAUAUAACGCGAAUGAUUUCUGUGAAGUCUUCCUCAAAAUGCUUGGUGAAUUGCAUGUAACGGGUGUUCAUCUCAUCGGCUCUUCUCUUGGCGGUUUCCUUGCCCAGAAGUUCUAUGAAAUUUCUGAAAAAUCCAAUGCUUAUGUCAAGUCUUUGGUCCUCUGCAACACAUUCACAGACACCUAUUCAUUUGAAUCGCGAUUUUCGUCGAGAUUGCAAGUUCCAGUUUUGAUGUUCUGGAUGUUACCAGUAUCCCUGUUACGAAUGACUCUUGAGUAUCCACCCGUCUCCACCGAUGCUGACGAAGAUGUCAGGACCUCGGUAGAACUGGCAAAACAACAGAUGAAUAAAAUGUCCCAAUCUGAAUUGGCAUCUCGACUCACAAUGGCUUGCACGACAGACCAUGUCACGGUAGAAGAAUUGCAAGAUGUCGAUGUCACCAUUGUUGAGGUUGGUGACUUGGAUACGACGUACAAGAAGCUCUAUGAGGGCGUGCACAGGGCUUACCCCGAAGCUAAAGUUGCCAGCAUCGACAGUGGAGGCCUCUUUCCCUUUCUCAGUCGCUACGAUGAAUUUGCCGCCUACAUGAAGUUAGAUGCCUUUGUGAAGGCCUAG